AUGCCGAAGGAAAGAUCGAAAUGCUGGUGGUGUUUGCCUUCUCAGGACUUGCAGGGAAGGGAUGGCUGGUUUAAAAGCCCCCGAGACACGAGCGUCACCAUCGACUCAACCAUCAACGGCAAAAGCAAACCAUCCGGCUACGACAGCAACUCGCUCAUAACGAUUCUACGAUCGUCGCAGUGUUUCACCGCUCUCAUGGUACUGGUCCUCUACGUGUUCACGUCUUCGGUCCCUAUUUUCUGGCUCAUCUUCUACACGGUUGCCGAGGUCGUUCUCGCCAGCGCUUGGAGCAUCUUCGUGCUCUUCCUUAGGCACCGCUGGUCGGUCUGGUUGGUCAUACCGGAGUUCGUGAUCACGGUUGCCUGGGUCGUAUUGUUCGCCAUGAGCUCGCUCCUAACACCGGACGAAUCGAAGGAAUCGACGUUCCGCUUAUCGCUCAUAGCCAUAGAAGCCUCCAUGGUACUGUGGCUUCAGACUUGCUUUCUGGUGCUUACACCCUUCUUCCACAAGCUCAUGCCUUGUUUGUUUCAAGUGCGAAAUCGUGGAGGGGAUAAUUUUGAUGAGGGCGGUGCCCGAGAGAUGCAAAUGUUUCCUCCAGGGGGACCACCACCAGGCCCGCCACCUGGGUGGCCAUUGCCCCCUCAGGGUCUAGUCCCUCCUCCUAUGGACGGACCGGGAGGUCCCGGCCGUGCGCUCGGGAUGCCGCACAAGGCAGCUCCAGGAAUGAUGAUGCCGCCGCGCCGCGAAACAGCCGGGCCCCGAAGAAGCAGUUCCCCAGCAAAACGACCUAUAAGUCCCUUGUCGUACUACAGACCCGAUGACUAG